GAAAAACUGGUGUCUGCUAGAACUGGUUCUGACUUUACCCUUGCCACUAAAAAAGAUAAGCCACAGAAGAUAGUGAGAGUGUGCUGUGUCUAGCAAGCCGGUAUACAAGGCUCUGACUGCAAUCAGUGGGAAGAGGGCCAGCUUCCCUGCCUGAGCUCUCAGCGCCCCUACUGGCUGCAUGCUGUGCCAAUCAAAGGCAAGUGGGAGGGGAGCAGUCAGACAUGAACACUGAUGUCACAGUCACAUGGAUUCUGGUGUGGUCAUGCUCGGAGGCUGAGAGACAGAGCUGUGCUGGCCAGCUGCUGCUGAGACAGCAGUGGAGGGCUUUGCGCUGGUGAUAGUUCUUCUCUUAUGGACUCGAAGCUUAAUGAUGUAUUUUGUGAUUUCAGCUAUGAAAGCUCAAAUCGAAAUAAUUCCCUGCAAGAUCUGUGGAGACAAAUCAUCAGGCAUCCAUUACGGCGUGAUAACAUGUGAAGGCUGUAAGGGCUUCUUCAGGAGGAGUCAGCAGAGCAAUGCAGCCUACUCCUGCCCCCGUCAGAAGAACUGCCUGAUUGACCGCACCAGCCGCAACCGCUGCCAGCACUGCCGGCUGCAGAAGUGCCUGGCAGUGGGCAUGUCACGAGAUGCGGUGAAGUUUGGCCGCAUGUCGAAGAAGCAGCGAGACAGCCUGUACGCUGAGGUCCAGAAGCACCGGCUGCAGCAGCAGCAGCGUGACCACCAACAACAGCCUGGAGAGGCGGAGCCACUCACACCUAGCUAUGGCCUCUCAGCCAAUGGCCUCACAGAGCUCCAUGACGACCUCAGUGGCUACAUGGAUGGUCACACCCCUGAUGGCAGCAAACCAGACUCCGCGGUCAGCAGCUUCUACCUAGACAUCCAGCCAUCUCCUGACCAGUCAGGCCUGGACAUCAACGGCAUCAAGCCGGAGCCCAUCUGCGACUUUGCCCCCGGCUCUGGCUUCUUCCCCUACUGCUCCUUCACCAACGGAGAAACCUCCCCCACCGUGUCCAUGGCUGAACUAGAGCACCUGGCCCAGAACAUCUCCAAGUCACACAUGGAGACAUGUCAGUACCUGAGGGAGGAGCUGCAGCAGAUGACCUGGCAGGCCUUCCUGCAGGAAGAGGUGGAGAGCUACCAGAACAAGCCCCGGGAAGUCAUGUGGCAGCUGUGUGCUAUCAAAAUAACAGAGGCCAUUCAGUAUGUGGUGGAGUUUGCCAAGCGCAUCGACGGCUUCAUGGAGCUGUGUCAGAACGAUCAGAUAGUGCUGCUGAAAGCAGGCUCUUUGGAAGUUGUGUUUGUCAGAAUGUGCCGUGCCUUUGACUCGCAAAACAACACAGUCUAUUUUGAUGGAAAAUAUGCCGGACCUGAUGUGUUCAAGUCAUUAGGCUGUGACGACUUGAUCAGCUCCGUCUUCGAGUUUGGGAAAAACUUGUGUUCUAUGCACCUGUCUGAGGAUGAGAUCGCCCUGUUCUCCGCCUUUGUGUUGAUGUCUGCUGACCGGUCCUGGCUCCAGGAGAAGGUGAAGGUGGAGAAACUCCAGCAGAAGAUCCAACUGGCCCUCCAGCAUGUCCUGCAGAAGAACCACAGAGAGGACGGUAUACUUACAAAGUUGAUAUGCAAAGUGUCGACACUGCGAGCGCUGUGCAGUAGGCAUACAGAGAAGCUUACAGCUUUCAAAGCAAUAUACCCAGACAUUGUGCGUGCCCACUUCCCCCCCUUAUACAAGGAGCUGUUCGGAUCAGACUUUGAGCAGUCCAUGCCCGUUGACGGGUAGCAGCCCUGCCAGGUGCCAGUGUGCCCACCGUAGGGGAAUGUGGAGGAGGAAUCUGAGACACUUUAUCGGUGCCCUGCACAAACCAGAGCGGACAGAUGGCACGCUGUUCAACUUCUUCUUUUACAUUGGAGGGGGAGGGCUUAGAGAGUCGAUUCUCAAGGUUUACUUUAUUGAAUUUAGUUCUCUUUGGAAGACUUGUGGGAUCCGACACCCCAUGGGACAUGAAGAUGAGAUAGGGACAAAUAAUUUCUGUCUGGUUGAAUUUGACCUUUUUAUGCGCAUUUCUAAAAUGGAACUCAAGACUCAUUCGUUCAUGUUCACCAAUAUUUAUUGCAUCACUGCUAUUAUGAUUUAUCCAUGCUUCUGACGAACAAUUCAGACCAACAAGACAUCGUCAAUACAGAUGAAGAUAAAUGAAGAAAUCAAUAUCAGUAUUAUUUUUCAGAUUACGGUCCCAAAAACAGUUUUUAGUAUUAUCACAUUCAACACUUUAAAUAGUCCUAUCCCUAUCUCCUUCAUACACUAUAUCCUGAAAUAAACAGCUGAAAAAUGCGCACACUUUGGUCAAGUUCAGCCAUUUUUUUUUUCUCUUGUGUUCAGUCGUAUCUUUUGGAUGCAGUGCUUGGAAUGAAAACUCACAGCAACUGUUAAGGGAGGGUCCGUCGGCAUGGUGAUGCAAUUGGCACCUCUCUGUGGACAAUCGUUUAAAAAAAAUGAAAAGAAACAUAGAAUUCUGGUAAUUCUAAUGAAACCGCAAUGAUUUUAGCUGUCAAAGACUCCAUCCACCAUUGUUGCAUAGUGAAAUCAUGUAAGGCCAUCUGCUAUUAAUCCUUCUCUGGACAGGUGCCCUGGAGAAGCACAGGGCACCAACACAAUGAAAAGGGUCCAUUCCACCUGUUUUAUAAUGUACUACAGGGUAUAUGGUCAUAAGUACUUACUAUACAGAAAAAAGUAAUGUUUAUAGAAUCUAUUUUAAAUAACAUGUAUGAUAUUAGUAGUUAGACCAUUCUUAAUUGUUGAAUUGAUAAGGCACUUUUAUUUACACCUUUCUUUAAUUUAAGACGUGUAUAUUUACCUAGUGAUGUGUUGCAUGUGCACAAGAAAUACAAGUUGAACCAUGGUCACGGAGGCUAGUCCUGGGAGCAACAAGAUGAUAACUUGGUCCGGAAGUGUUAGGGCUGUCUGGUAGGAUGGCUGGCGUGGCUGCAUCGCUGGCGAACAAAGAGGCGCGUGUGAGAAGGCAGGUUAGAGACACUCUCGUCACCUGUUACCUCAACAACCGCCUGUGUGACACCUGUCAAAAUGUAGCUCUGAUACUCCUUUUAGCAAGUGCACGCACGUACAAUAACAGCCAACAAACACAACAACCCCCACCCCUCCCCUCACAGUGAUGUUGCAGUCUCAAGGCUUUCCUGUUCUGUGUUAAGAACAGACCUGGAUUGAACAGCGUUUGUUUUUUAAAACACAAGAAAACAAGAGGCAUGGUGAGACAUUUGCAACACACUGACUUUUGUACUCUCCUUCGCAUUAUUUUCUAAAUAUUUUUUAUCAUGAAAAACGUCAUGUAUUAUGUGAAGAAACCACAAGAAUACAACAUAAAACAUUAUCUCACCCGGGUCUCACAAAUCAACAUUGCAUAUCCUUGUGGUUGGACUGAAACAAUCCCACAUUGACUGUAAUCCAAUUGUUCCAUCUAGUGGAAGGUUAAGAUACAGCAAGCAAGUUAACAACCUAAUGACAAAGAUACAGUGUCUGACCUUAAAGCACAUUGAUGCACUUGUGUUUUGAGUGGGUUUUUUGUUGUUGUUUUUGAGUGGCUUUAUCUGCCUUCUCACCACAGCCUCAGCACGGCAAAUGCCACAACAGGACACAGAAGAAACAGUGAAGGGAAAGUGAAUAUUCAAAGCCUUGUCUGGUAGUAAAAGCUUCUAUUUUUGUAACAUGUUUUGGUUAAUAAACUCAUGAAAGAGAACGAGGGAGAGAAAAAGAUGUCAGGUAGCACUUAACUAUAUUCCUGCAAUAAUUAGACUAGCUGUUGUUUGUAUGAUUAGGGGAGAAACAUAAAAAUGGUAGGACAAGUGCUAUUUUCAGAAUGCUUUGUUGUUGUGCUUCUGUUUUCGUUGAGUGUGUCUUUCUUGUCAGUGUGGUAGUAAAGUGGUAGAAAAAAAAAACCCUGGAUGUGCCAAACAGUAGUCGUUGCUUCUGCUUUUCCAGUCUACUCGUCUAUAAUGUAGAAUGGAUUCCUAAGACAUUCCAGCAAUCUCAGUAGCGGCUUCUAGAAAUAUCUUUAAACAAAAAAAGAAGAAAAAAAGGAAGAAAAAAAAAGAAAAAAAUGAUAUCCCUUUAGAAAUCCAAGAAAGCAUGUUAACACAUCUGUCACCAACCGUAACAUAGAAUCCAGUUGUUUUGUCUUUUGUUUUUCUGUUUGCACACGAUCAUUCCUCUGCCGUGCAAUUUGUACAAGGCGUUAAUGCCUUGUGCUGUCACCCCUCAGGGAAGAGUUUCUUUUGCGCUUUCUGUUUGAGAGGACAUUUGUUUGUACUCAUUAGGUUUAGUUUUUUUUUUUUUUUGUUCAGGGAUGUUCCAUGAGAAGUGGCUGAGAUUUAACACUUUGAAUAUUCAUCACUGAGUUGUUCAGAAUUUUACAUUAUCAAUGUCCUUAUGGGGGGGGGGCUGCCAGCCACUCAAAGACCACUGCACCCCUACGGUCAAGUUAAAAAAAAAAAAAAAAAAAAAAAAAAUAGCUUCUCAUUUGUAAAAACAACAAACCCCAUCAAUUUUACAAAGCUCAGUUUUAUCAGUACACAGCAUAUUUGUCACAUUCACACAUUAAAAAAAAAAUCUGUUUUGGUUUCAAAUGGUGUCAUCAGGGUCUUUAAAAAUGAUAACCCUCUUUGUUAGAAAAACCAAAUAUUCUUAUGCAAUACUAAAUCUGUUGUGUUUGGGUUGUAGUAGAUAUGCUGUACCUAAGUAAUAAUCUCUGUUCUGAUCCAAUGCUAUUUGGAUAUGCACAAGCCCUCUACGACUAGUAAACCUCAGUCUCCCAGCAAAAGAAAACCCAGUCUGGAACACUGCUAGACAAUCCAGGUUGAGAGGCCCAACGGUGGCCCCCGCAGCAAGAGCAGCGAAGAUGUUGAGGUGUGAAUGCUCAGGGAGGUAACAGGUAGACCGAAGAAGAAGAAGCGGCUCGCUUUCCUCCAGACAGUUGCAGCGGCAUUUGAUUAGCUCUUUUGUGAAUUAAUUUGAGCGCUCAACUGAUGAGAGGAGGCGGCUGAACUUUUUGGCAUAGCACACUGAACAUGCAGUACAACUCUUACUGUUCAGAAAGUAACAAAGAGAUGGACAUUUGGCUGAUUUCCUGUUAGUUGUUUGCAAAAAAAAAAAGACAAAAAAUUAUUCAGUUCAGUAUUCCAUCAGAUACGAUCAGCUGAGGUCUACCAAAAGAAGUGUUCCUUUCUCAUAAAGUGAAAAUCUGUUCAGUUUAUUUUCAUUCGAGUCUAAACAGUCGAGUGGCUUGUAAUAUGUUAUACAGUAUAAAACAAGCAAUAUGCCUUGUGUUGCAAUUACGGGUCUCUACAGUGCAGUCAUCAUCCUUUUGAAUUGACCUUACUCAUACAGCUGACUCCAACUAGAACAAAAAAGUAAUAAAGCCCCAUUUCUCUGUUUUCAUCUCCUUAUGUACUGGUAAGGUUGAGAUAUCGGCAGGAUAGCAGAAAAUGGUCAUCAAACACGUGAAUACUUGUGUCUAACUAUAAACUGCACCUUCACACAGGCCUGUAAAGUGAUGUCCUUCUGUAUAUUCUCACUUGAGAGAUCCCUGUUUAAGUAAGGGAUCAAUGCUAAGUGUGCUAUUCAAUCAGUGUAUAGUAUACAGUAAAAUGUGCUGGUCCUUCUGUCUCUGCUCUGUUGUCUGUUUGUAAAAAAGCAAUAGCGUGUGUGUGCGUGUGUGUGUAUGUAUUUGUUCUCACAGUGUGUGAAUAAAAUAAACCCCAGACAAGGCUUUAAUAAUUACAGAGGAACAGGGUUAUGUGGACGUGGAGGACUUUGGAUUUUAAUUUUGGAACUUUUUUAAAUAAAGGUUUUUUGGAAAUGCUGAGCUCGAUCCAUCCAUAAUAGGUGUAGGUUUUCAAAAAAAGCAUGACAUAAUGCCUUCAACAAUUCAUAGGUCUGCAGAAAACACUGCGAGGCAAACAUUGACUGGCCUCACAGCAGAAACACGCUUCGCUAUCAGUUCGGACAGCACAGCCACAGCCUAAGCUGGAAUGAAUUGAAAUGAAUUCUGGACUGUAAAUUGUGAAAAAUGAGUCUUCGGUGACCAUAAAUUGUGAAGAUCAGUGUUAUGUCACGCUUAAAAGUUGUGCGGGAGUGUCGGUGUGUUACCCAGAAUUAUGAGUCAGUCAUCACAUUUUAACAGAACUCAUUUUCCAAAGCACAGCUGAUAAGGAUUUAUGAUUAAAAAUAUGUUUAAGAAUAUAGUUUAAAAAAAUGAAAAGCAACUUUUAGCCAUAAUCGAAUGUCAAGCAAUAAUAUAUGUCUGUGUAUUAUUUUUUUGAUUCUUUUGUGCAUAAUAGUCUUUGAACAUCUGCAUGUAAAUACACCUCUUAUUUAUCACUUUUUUUUUCUUUUUUCUUUUUUUUUUUUUUUUGGUUUUGUUUUAUCUUUGUGUUGAUUUGUGGAUGUUUUUAUGUUUCAUCUGUAUAUUUGACCAGUUCUGUUCCCAGGUGGAGAACUAAGAACUUGACAUGGCCUGUAUGCUGUAUAUCUUAUUUUCUCACUCUUUCUCUCUCCCUCAUUCUCAGCUGUUUAUUCACCAUAUUUAAUGUUAUUAUUGAUCACAUGUAUAAAGGUAGCUUUGUAACUUCUGUCUGUAUAGGUAAGAGGAAAAUACUGCUACUAAGGCCUACCCAGUGAAAAUAUUUAUCUGUUUAUCAAUUACACCAUAUUGUACGAUAACUCUGUUUCUAGUUUGCUUCCCUCCUUUAGGAUUAGUUUGAUAGAGACAGGGUGUGCUGACAUUUAUUUUGUGUUGCCCUGAUGUGUGGUGCUAGGUAAGUUAAUUUUGUGAACAAAGUAUUGAUUCCUAAGCCUGGCUGCCCUAUUAGUACGUUCAUUUCAUUGCAUAUUAAUGUAUUAUUGAUAUUAGGACUCAAUAAAUAAUAAUAAUAAUGAAAAUGAUAGUGGUAAAAUUACCCAGCCAGUACCUGUAUCAGUGUGCUAGUCCUGGGGUAAGGCACUUAUUUCCUUCUGACUUAUAGCAAAGCUAGUAUCUGCUAAUUAAAAAGCUAUUUAAGGUUGCUUUUCUGGUUUGUGGAAAAAUGAUAAUAUUCAAACUGAAACGGCAGUAUUGUGUUUUUUCUUUGUCUGAUUGUAAAAAAAAAACCACUCACUGAGGCUAUAGUUUGUCAGGUUUUAAGAUACUAAAUAUUUACCUCUCUCGCGUCUGCAUAGUUCUUCACCUGAUGCAGGGAAGUGGUGCUCGGAUUUCAUUAAACAAGAGCCUCAGUAUGCUUUUUGUUAUUCCCCAUUUUAGAUAUCCUGAAACAGUGGUUUCUUCACACCAGUGGCAUAUACCUUUUUUUUUUUUUUUUUUUUUUUUUUUUUUUUGCACCACAUGAAGUGUUACAAAUGUACCUGAAAGGAUUGCCAUUUGAGGACAAAGUUGACCUUUUCUCUCCACUCUGUAGCAAAUAUCAGUAAGAAUAUGCUUGCAAUAAUACACAACGUAUCACACUGAGUGCCUCUCGGUGUAACAAGAUGCAUACAUGGUUUUGAUUGUCCUUUUUUUUGUGGUUUUCCAGACGUGUACUGAAGUGACAAUAUAUUUUGUACAUGUGGAUGAAUUCUCACUCUCACAUACUUCAAAUGUUUUUUCAGAUUUCUUCUUUACAUGUUCAGUCACUUUCAUGUGGGUUGACGCGCUCCGUUUAAAGGGUUUUAAUGUAUAGACAAGUCUGUUUGGAGUGUACAUGUCACCCCCUCACCUUGUUUGAGAAACAUAAAUGGGAAGUUUGUUUCAUGUUGAUCUCGAACAGUCAAAUAAACGCUCGCAAAAACUAUUAUGGAAAAGUUCACCUGCACCUUGUUUGUUUCAAUUAGGCAAAAACUUAACAGGCGAAAUCCAUAUUUCUUCAUUUUCUGUUUGUUUUAUAUCAACUCUUUUUUUGUUAUUUCACCGAGAACAGAUUUACUAAUGCAUUGUAUAUCAAGUAUUUGUAUGUGUUUGUAAAAGAGGCAUACAACACAUCUGGGUUUCUUUAAUGUUCUGUGUUCAAUGUGCGCUCAGUCGGUUGGGGGUAACUUAACAUGAAGGGUGGGCAGAGCAGGGGUGGAUUCAGAUUCCUUUUUUCCAUGCAAAAGCAGUACAAAUUAUGGGAAAGCCGAAACUAGUGUGUGGUUGUCACAAAUUUCUAAGUCACAUGUUUGCUACUGAUGUUAAAAUGGGGACAGAUGAUCAUGUACCUUUUUAUCCAGCUCUUUUGAACUCUCUUUAGCAGGUAGUCUAUUCACAAACGUAGUUUUGCUCCUUCUUGUCUGAUUCUUAAAUAUGAAAAUAAGUAUUUUGAUUCAUUUUGUAAAUACAGCUGUAAAGAAAAAUAAGAAAUUUAAUGUUGUCUUUUAAAUACUUUUCAUUCUAAUAUGAAUGUUGUUAUAUUGUACUUAGAAACUGUACCUUUAAUAUUACCUUUAUUAAAAGUGCAUUGGACACAUCGAUUUUAGAUGUGCUUUAUGUGCUGUUAUCCCAUAAUAAAAUUUACCGCUUGUAAUGGG